AUGUCGUCGUCGCCAACCGGUCAGUUUGCUAUUCCUAAAGGCUCAACUGUGCUCGUCACGGGCGCCGCGGGCUUUAUUGGAUCUCACAUCGCCGACCAGUUCCUCAAACACGGCUACAAGGUCCGCGGUACCACGCGAAGCCCAGAGAAGAAUGCUUGGAUCAGCAACUUGUUGGACAAAAAGUACGGCCCGGGUAACUUCGAAUUGAUGGCUGUACCAGACAUGGCAGAGCCAAACGCCUUCGCGCAAGUGGUCAAGGGCGUCUCAGCCGUUGUCCACACCGCAUCCAUCUUCACCAUGGACCCCAACCCCGACCACGUGAUACCGGGAACCGUGGCGGGGACGCGUAACGCUCUGGAAUCCGCGGCGCGGGAGCCAAGCGUCAAGCGCUUCGUGCUCACGUCCUCUUCGACCGCGGCCUUGAUUCCAAAGCCCAACAACCCCUUCAAGGUCACCACCGACACGUGGAACGACGAGGCGGUGGAGCAGGCUUAUCGCGACCCACCGCCCUAUGGACCCGAGCACGCGCUGCCCGUGUAUGCAGCCAGCAAGACCUUGUCAGAAAAGGAGGCCUGGAAGUUCAUGGAGGAGAAGCAACCGGGUUUUACCCUAAAUACAGUCGUGCCGAAUCUCAACUUCGGCGCUAGUCUCGACCCCGCCAACCAAGGCCACCCAUCCACUUCGGGCAUUGUUGUGAGUCUCUUCAACGGAGACACCAACGGCUAUCAGGCCAGUGUCCCACCUCAGUACUAUGUCGACGUCCAGGACGACGCCCUCCUGCAUGUGGCGGCCGCGAUCCUCCCAGAGGUUCAGUCAGAACGUAUCUUUGCGUUCGCCGAGACCAUAAACGGAGAUGGGAUCCUGGACGUGUUUCGCCGGCUGUACCCGACCCGCAGCUUUGCCUCGCCCUUCCAAGCCGGGGAGGAUCUGAGCGAGAUUGUUCCUCGUCAGCGGGCGGAGGAUCUGCUGCGAAAGAUGGGCAAGGACGGGUGGACAGGGUUGGAGCAGAGCAUCAAGUGGAACACCGAGGAUCUUGUCUAG